AUGAAUGAAGACAAUGCCCGUUUCUGCCUGCUGGCUGGGCUCAUCCUGCUCUACUUAUUAUGUGGGGCGGCCAUCUUCUCAGCCCUGGAGCAUCCCUUUGAGCUGCGUGCCCGCCGCCUCUGGAAACAGCAGCUGGACAACUUCACCCAGCGAUAUAGGGUCAACCUGGGUGCCCUUCACACUCUGCUGCGGCAGUAUGAGGAGGCAAAUGGAGCUGGGAUCAGAGUGGACAUGUUGAGGCCUCGCUGGGACUUUUCUGGAGCUUUCUACUUUGUGGGCACUGUGGUCUCCACUAUUGGCUUUGGCAUGACCACACCAGCGACCAUAGCUGGAAAAAUAUUCUUAAUCUUCUAUGGUCUCAUUGGCUGUGCCGCCACCAUCCUCUUCUUUAACCUCUUCCUGGAGAGGAUCAUCACGAUGUUAGCCUACAUCAUGCGCUGGUGUCAUGAGCGUCGGCUGAGGUGUGGCGGGGUUGGGGUGAUGUCGAGCAAGGAGGAGACACCCGGCGAGGAGGACAGCCUGGAGGACUGGAAACCAUCAGUCUAUUACGUUAUGCUGAUCCUGGGAGUAGCAUCGAUUGUGAUCGCGUGCAGUGCCUCCACCCUGUACAGCUCCAUGGAGAACUGGAGCUACGUGGACUCCCUCUACUUCUGCUUCGUUGCUUUCAGCACCAUCGGCUUUGGGGACCUGGUGAGCAGUCAGAGACAGCAGUAUGAAUCUCAGGAAGCCUACCGGCUCGGGAACUGCCUUUUCAUCUUAAUGGGAGUAUGUUGUAUCUACUCACUUUUCAAUGUCAUCUCUAUUGUCAUCAAGCAAACUCUGAACUGGAUUCUGGGUAAGCUGGUCUGCUCGGGGCGGCAUCAGCGCUCCUCUUGCUCCACACGAAGACAUUGCUACAGGGACGGCUCGGUGGAGACGGUUUGUGACAGUGAGACGGAUGCAGGUGCAGUGGCUGAUGGGGUAUACGUUGGGCGUCGUAUGUCAGGAGAGAUGAUCUCUGUCAAUGAGUUCACGGUGUCCAAUAAGGUGUCUCUGGCACUACUGCAGAAGCAACUGAGCGAAACAGCUCAUCAGGGCCCCCGGCAAAGCUACGGCCAUCAGAAUGGAUUCUCUGGUGGUGUGGGGGCCUUGGCCAUUAUGAAUAACCGCCUACAAGAAACCAGUGUGGAUAGGUAG